AAAGUGAAAUCACUAAAAAAUCAAGUUCUUACCGCAAAACAUUCAAAAUUUCGCACUAAAUUGCUGAAAAAUUAGAUAAAAACCUCAAAAGCAUUUAAAUUUACUGGAAAAGCAUUUAAAAUCAUCGUAAUUUAGGAAAAAUUCAAUAAUUUUCAAGUGAAGAAGAGAAAAAAAAUUUUGACAACAACAAACUUCUUCUUGCUGGAGUGUAGUGAUAUAAUAUUUUAACACGCCCAGGCCAAACAAGCUAAUUGAUAAGCCUUGAAUUUUUGUUACUUUUCGAGAGACGGGUCGAAAGCUAUCAAACUGGCAAGCGUUGUAGGAGCAAUUUUGGAACAUGUUGGGGUUCUGAAGUGAGAUUUACUUGAAAAAUCAAAUAAGAGUUUUUUCAUUUCAAUUUUUUUUUGUUAUACAUAUAAAUUUUGUUAUUGUUGUGUUUAUCUCUUGUACACAAGAGCUGUUGCGCUUGAAAAGUAUUAAGUCAUUAUUUCAGUUUUUUAUUGAUUUAUUAAGUUUUGUUUUGUUACGAUGGAUCUUAAAAUGAACCUCAACUUGACUCCGUUCCAAGAGCCACGCGGCGUGAUGCGAGUGCUGCAACUGGUGUUUGCAGUCUGUGCAUUCACGACAGUGGCCAAUUUUUCGGUCGAUUACACGAUCGACUGUCAGGAUUUUGUGCCACAAAAGGCGAAAGUGUACACGAUCGACUAUCCGUUUAGGUUCUACGAGAACGUUUGUCGUCGCAUGUCCAACAAUGAAAGUCUCGCCAUCACAGCUGACGUCUCCACGGACGCCCAGUUCUACGUAGCAACCGGAGUUCUUUCGAUGCUCUACGGGCUUUUCAUCAUUUUCGUCUACGCUUUCUUGGAUGAGUUGUACAAGUCCAAGAAUGAGAUUCCAUUAGCGGAUUUCAUGUUGACGACAAUUUUCGCCGUUCUCUGGUUGUCGAGCAGCGCUGCCAUGGCUAACAGCACCACCGCCCUCAAAAAUGUCCUCGAUCCCGAAUAUGCACGCGAAAUGUGCCGACAUUGCCCAGUGGUCUCCAAUUCCGGCUUUAACGGGUUACACUCGUCCCUCCUCAUCGGCUUUCUCAACUUUUUCCUGUGGGCAUCUGAUCUGUGGUUCGUCUACAAGGAGACCUAUUGGUUCCAAACGCGUCAAGGUCCUUCUCAAACUCCAAUUUCCUAAAUUUCCUCCCUCAUUUCCUACAAAGCUCGAAAAUUCGUUAAUUACGCGCAAAGCACUUUUGAAAAAGCACAAAAUUUGAACAUCAGCUUUUGUUGAUUAAUUGGCUAACCUGUUUGUACUUACCAAGCUUUGAAAAUACUCUCAAGACUCUGUUUCUCUUAAGUCUGUGCCAAUAUAUGUUCGACCAAUAAUUUGAAUAUUGCACAAAUUUCUCACCUUUCUCUAAUCUAAUCCACCGAACACUGUUUACAUGUGAAACGAAUCGAUGAAACUCAUUUUUUAAAUCUCUUUUUAACGGUUGUACCUCUUUAUACCUGAGCAACUUUAUUAUUUUUUGUUAUUAUUAUUUUUACAAAUUCUCAAAUUCAUACUCAACUUCGUGAUCUACAAGAAUUCGUUUAGGGAAUUAAAUUGAAAAAUCUUACAAAUAAUAAUAAAAUAAUAUAAUUAAUAAAUUUAAAAAAUAAAAUAUAUUCUAU